AAAUUUCGGAGAGGAAAAGUGUUUUGGUUUCGUGAAACAUGGGAAAUACCGAAAGCAACGUCACCAGCGGGGUGAAAAAGCAGGCAGGAGCAGCUUUGCAACCUAUUUAUAAGUUAUGCGAUUUAAAAGGUGGCGGAUUACUAGUAGAACUUAUGAAAAGAGCCACUCAAAACAAGCAGUAUGCUGAAAUAGAUCACGCUAUAAAAACAAAGGUCGAACCAUUUUUAUAUAACAGAGGCGCUGGCAAAUAUAUUCCGAUAUCUCAACUGGUACUUUUAAGAAAUAAAGAAAGAGCAAGAUACAAAUUGCUACCUCAACUAAAAGCUAUGGAGAACCCAGAAGAUUUUGAAAUUGAUGACGAAGGUCCUGAUAUACCAGAGGAGGAAUAUCAAAAAAAUCCACAUUUAUAUCGUCAUCUUUGUUGGAGGAUCAGAGACAGAGGAGCUGUUGGUGAAACACUUCUACAUCUUUGUCUUCUUAACGCAACAUCUUUACAUGCUGAUCUAGCUAAAAGAUUAUUACGAUUUUAUCCAAGAUUAAUCAACGAUAUAUAUAUGGCAGACGAGUAUUACGGAGAAAAUGUUUUACACAUAGCUAUUGUGAAUGAAGACCCAUCGAUGGUUAGAUUCCUUCUUGACGCCAAUGUAAACAUCCAUGAACGAUGUUUCGGAAAUUUUAUGUGCCCUGAAGAUCAAAAAUUCUCAAGAUCUGAUUCUUUAGAUCAUGAAUGGGUGAACGUAUGUCAAACAACUAAUUAUGAAGGAUACGUUUACUGGGGUGAAUACCCUCUAACUUUUGCAGCUUGUCUGGGCCAAGAAGAAAGUUUCAGAUUAAUAUUGGCCAGAGGUGCUGAUCCAGAUGCUCAGGACUCUAAUGGCAACACUGUUUUGCAUUUAUUGGUCAUCAAAGAAAAAUCGGAACAUUUUGAUAUGGCUUACGAAGUUGGAAGUAGUUUAGGCAUACGUAACAAUCAAAAUCUUACUGCAUUGACUCUAGCUGCUAAAAUAGCAAGAACUGACAUGUUUUUUCACAUUUUAAAUUUGGAACGAGAAAUAUACUGGCAAAUAGGUAGUAUAACCUGCGCUGCUUAUCCAUUGUCACAAAUAGACACUAUUGAUAUGGAAACAGGGCACAUCUGUAAAAUAUCAGCUUUAAAUUUGGUCGUUUUUGGAGAUAAAGAUGAACACUUAGAACUACUAGACGGUCUCCUUAUCGACUUAUUGCAUGCAAAAUGGAACACUUUCGUAAAAUUCAAAUUUUACCAACAAUUUUUCACAUUCGCUUUUUACUUUGUAAUAUCUUUAGUGGCGUUCACUCUACGUCCUGGUCUUCCAGAAGUAAAAGCGGCUGCUAAAAAUACCACGAAUGUUACCGAUCACCAUCUAUCAAAUAGCAGCACUAAUAAUUCCGUGAAAAUCCUUUUGAAACUGCCAUUGAACGAAACCGUUAAGAAAAUUAAAAAUAAAGAUGAUGAUUACGAUAUGGAAGAAUGGUGGGAUAAUCUAGCAGAAGAAUGUAGAUUAAUGCAACUGGAUUCUCUGGAGGCUAAAAUAAGAUUUAGCGCUGAAAUCGCUAUAACAAUUGGAUCAUUUUUAUACCUUAUUUCAGCCGUUCGAGAAGCAAGAUUUUUAGGAUUGAGAAUGUUUUUUGAAAACCUUAAAACAUCCCCAUCAAGAGUAAUGUUUUUAUUUUCUUGUAUUCUUAUGCUUUUCAUACCAAUGUUACGGAUGGCUUGCCACGAGGAACUUGAAGAUACAAUAGCUGUCAUGGUUAUGAUAACGACAGCACCGUAUUUCCUAUUUUUUUGUAGGGGUUUUAAAACAGUGGGUCCAUUCGUUGUGAUGAUCUACAGAAUGGUAAUGGGUGAUUUGAUCAGAUUUGCAACUAUUUACUUAGUGUUCGUAAUGGGAUUUUCACAAGCUUAUUAUAUAAUAUUUCUUUCGUUUGAUAACCCUUUAACACCUGACGACGUUGAUGACUCUGCUACGAAUCCGAUGUCGACUCCUAUUGAAUCGAUUAUGGCAAUGUUUUUAAUGUCUCUCACGAAUUUUGGAGAUUACUAUGAUGCCUUUGCUAGAACUGAACAUGAAAUAGAAGCUAAGAUACUGUUCGUUAUAUUUAUGGCCAUAGUUGCUAUUCUCCUGAUUAACAUGUUGAUCGCUAUGAUGGGAAAUACUUACCAAAAAAUAGCAGAAACUAGAAACGAAUGGCAGCGACAGUGGGCCAGAAUAGUUUUGGUUGUUGAGAGAGGUGUUAGUCCAAAAGAAAGACAUAAACAACUAAUGGUUUAUUCUCAACCAAUGUCUGAUGAAAAAAGAGCUUUGGUUUUGCGUCUAAAUCAAUCGGAUGAAGCUAAAGAAGAAAUGAAAGAAAUCCUUGAAAUUAAAAGAAGACACGAUAGAUACGUUAAAAAACGCAAAGACGCCCUACUGCAGUCGCAAAACAAAACAAAUGAAAUUAAAUAAUUUAGAGAAAAUAAAUAAAUGAUCUAUAUACUGAAUUUUUAAAAUAAACUUAUUGCAGAAACAUUGGAAGAGACACCAUCACGUCAAUUUAAAACAGCA